UUGAAAAUUUGGAGUUUUCUUAGUUAGAAUGUUUACUUUCGAGAAAAAAAUACCAAAAAAUAUUUGAAGAAGCCACUUUUUUGAAACGUGGCCACCCAAUGUACCAUAGUGCGUUGUUCGCCUGGCCACCCAGAAUAUGGCGCGGGUCCCUAUGCAUAAACCUGGAAGGCUCGAUCAACUUUAAGAAAACCAAGAACCACAUGGCCCACGGGGAAGCUUCAAAGCAAGCACCCUCAAUUCCGGCGGCCGCUAAUUGGACAUCGUCUGAGACGGCACUUUUCCCGGAUCCCGAUUUCCUACCAAGAACACCGGGUUCGGUUCGUGACUCGGAAUCGCGGACAUUCUACGGAUAUGGGUCGAAGAAAAUUCUUGUUAGAGUAAUGAGAAACGCAGUGGAUUACAAAUACGUCCAAUCGGUAGACGUUUAUUUUAACUAA